GUAAAGCCACGUUAAAAAGUAUGGUUCCGGCCAGGCUGCGGAGGCUCUACCCGGCUAGGAAAGUGUUUCUGGGGCUGUCUGUUCAAGUAUGUUGCAUGCCUCGUGAGGCCAAAGCUCGUUUUGUUUUGCUGUACGGCUCUCAGAAGGGUCAAGCUCAGUCCAUAGCCGAGGGCGUCGCCGAGGAGGCUGAGGAGCGCGGGCUGGUGGCAGACCUCUGCUGCCUGGACCAGAGCGAGAAGUACAACUUGGAGACGGAGAGGGCCCCAGUAGUCUUUGUGGUGUCCACCACUGGAGACGGGGAACCUCCGGACAAUACCCUACGGUUUGUGAAGAGCAUCAAGGAGAGGACCCUCUCCCCUGACCACUAUAAACACCUUUUAUAUGCACUUUUAGCUUUAGGAGACACAAAUUAUGCAAAUUUCUGCAACUGCGGGAAGACAAUCGAACGCCGCCUUCAGCAACUCGGAGCCAAACAGUUCUACCCGACGGGGUAUGCUGACGACGGCGUAGGGUUGGAGCUUGUUAUCGACCCUUGGCUCGAAGGACUGUGGAACGCCAUUAAAGACGCCUUAUCAAAAAUGGCUUCUGAUGGAAAUAGAGACGAUGCUGCCAGGGAAAUCCCUGACCCGUCCUUACCGGACGUCCAGUUAAACCUCUUGAGCAUCGGUGAUAAACAGAACCGCGAGCCAGACUCUGAAUAUGCACCUCCUUCGGUCGUUUCUGAUGCCAGGCCAGCUUCGUCUGCUGUGAGCGCUGGUUUAACGUCCCGGCCUACCUCCGCCGUCUCCACGUCGACACCGAAAACUCAGACCCGCGGCGAAGGAGCCGCCCACGUUUCCUUGGCAGCCUCUCUGAGGAGCUCCCUGCCGCCGCUUUCCGAGUCCUCACUGAACGUCCCCGCUCUACCUCCACCAUACCUAGAUGUUACUUUUCAGGAAACGGACGCUGUGGAACAGGCUUUUGAACCAUCAAGCAAGGAGACUCUUUAUCAGGUGCCCAUCUCCAAGGCGGUUCAGCUGAGCAAAGGAGAUUCGGUGAAGACAGCCCUUCUGCUGGAACUGGACAUUUCUGGUUGCCCAUCCCUGACCUAUCAGCCUGGAGAUGCUUUUGACGUGUUCUGCCCAAACAGGGCAGAAGAGGUGGACCAGCUGCUCCACAGACUCGGCCUUCAGGACCAAAGGAACCAUCGCGUUCAGAUCACCCUAAGAGAGGAUACAAAGAAAAAAGGCGCUCAGGUGCCGCCGCACAUCCCCCAGAACGUCCCGCUGCUGUUCCUGCUCACUUGGUGCCUUGAGAUCAGGAGCGUUCCUAAGAAGGCUUUCCUGCGGGCGCUGGUGGAGCACACGUCAGACAGCGGCCAGAGGAGGAGACUGCAGGAGCUCUGCAGCAAGCAAGGCGCCUCGGACUACAGCCUCUAUGUGCGAGAGCCGAGCCUCAGCGUGUCGGAGCUCCUCGCGGCGUUCCCGUCCUGCUCGCCUCCUCUCAGCCUCCUCAUAGAGCUUUUGCCGAAACUGCAGCCCAGGCCUUAUUCAGCAGCAAGUUCCCGUCUCAGGCAUCCGGAAAAGCUGCGUUUCGUCUUCAGUGUGGUUGACUUCCCGGCGUGCUCCGGGAGGCCCGCGGGCCGCCGAGGCUUGUGCACCGGCUGGCUCUGUGACCUCGUCAAUCCUGGCCUGGCUCUCCCCGUGAAGGCCGAAUCUCCCGGCAGCCCGGCUCCACCAAAGAUUCAUGUGAGUUUGAGACCGAACUGCUCCUUUCGACUUCCUCCGGACCCAUCAGUGCCCUUUAUUAUGAUUGGACCCGGAACAGGAGUGGCUCCGUUUAUAGGCUUCCUUCAGCAAAGAGAGGAGGAGAGGACGGAAAAGCCCGAGGCCGAGUUUGGCGAGACCUGGCUGUUCUUCGGUUGUCGCUACAGGGAUAGAGACUACCUGUUCAGAGAGGAACUGGAGCACUUUGUGUCCAGCGGCACCCUGAACCACCUGAAAGUGUGUUUUUCCAGAGAAGACAGGAAGGAUGAGCAGGAACCUCCCUCAGCAGCACAACCCAGAUAUGUCCAACACAAUCUGUUGCUCUGCCGCCAACAAGUCAGCGACAUCCUGCUCAGACAGAACGGCUACAUCUAUGUCUGCGGGGAUGCUAAGAACAUGGCCAAAGAGGUGAAUGAGACCCUGGUGGAGAUGAUUAAAACGGAGCUUCAGGUGGACCAACUGGAGGCCAUGAAGACACUGGCUGGGCUUCGAGACGAGAAGCGCUACUUACAGGACAUCUGGGCCUGACUGUAGAUGACCAGAUAAGAGAUUUUUGCGGCAUCUGCUGGACUUGAAAGAAGAAAAAAAAGGAAGGUUAAAGAUAUAUAUUUAGCCUUCUCAGCUGUAACCUCUUGAUCCAUAAAAUUGUUGGUGCAGACGCCUGAAGGCAGUUUUUGCGCCAGCCAAUGUCACUAAGAUGGAGCGACCCAUGUGACCUGUGGAUAUCAGUUCAGUCCACCUUCCUUGCCUUUGCUGUUUAAACAGAGCUGACCUUGGUCAGUGCAGCAGUGCUGGAGAUUAGCCCUGCGGUGUGAAAAAAAAAAAAAAAAGGCUUUUAGUGUAGACACGACUCCUCGGUUUGUCCUCUCUGAUGAAAAGGCAUUUAUUACUGUCGGCCUUAAUGGAGUGACUUUGAUGAGACUUGAGAGCGGGAUACUUUUCCCACCUUGACAGCACAUCAAUCUGUAAUUUUUUUAAACCGCGCGCACACAAAUAAAAAACGAUUGUCAUUCAGGGAA